CGCGUAAUAGUGACAACUACAGCUGUUCGUAUGUUACUUUUAAAGAAGAACAGAAAAAAAUAAUACUUAAAAAAAUAAAAACGGUUUAAUGUACAUAUACAAUUCGUAAUGUCUGCAGUAGGCGAGGUAAUGGUGAAGAUUGAGCCGCCGGAAGAAUGCACACCCGAGGACCUGCGGACCACACAUGGUCACGUCACAGACGGAGCGUCGCCGGUCAACGGACACACGUCAACGCCAAGUGAUACUGAACUCUCGCCGGUGUCUGACUCCAGGAAUUUUACUUGUUUGCUUUGCGACAUCAUGUGUAACAGUCGGCAGGAAUUACGAAGACAUUUAAAAGAGACACACUCUACAAACAGUUACGGUGAAAUAAGUAAAGGGAGUGUAUACGCCAGCGCACCAACAACUAACGGUCAUCUGCCGAGAGCGGUCACCGGAUACAUGAACUACCGAUACACAUGUUCCACGUGCGGAGCAAAAUUCAAGUCGUUUCGCACGUAUUUGACACACAGCAUGUCACACAAGCGCUCGAGCCCGGUUCUCGCGGCACAGAUGGACGCCGCUAGGAUGGCAGCACUAUUCAGUCCCGGGAAGCAGUAUCUCCAGGAGUAUUUGGACGAGGAGGAGGGGUACGGAGGGACGUUCACGUGUGAAGAAUGUAAGACGGUGUUUGUUCAGAGGGACGCCUACGCAAUGCACAUGAUGAUGCGAGCAAUGAAUGAAACCUGCAAGUCAGCUAAAUACCACACCACUAUGAACAAUAAUGAUGACGAUAUUACCAAGUCAGACGUCGGAACAUUAAACAUCGUGCCCGAUACAGAAUCAGAGGGGUUAAAACGCGAUGGAAUUGUUACCGCUCAGCGUUGUUUGGAAGACGUUACGUCUAGUGUUGACCAGGACGAAUACUUGAAGUCAGUCUUGGAAAGAGUGUGUACGUCAUCCGCCAGCAAGCGUGAUAAGGUCAUUGCUGCGAUAGAGGACGGUAAGGUAUGCUCGUUUUGUGGAUACGUGUACGUUGAUCAGGAUUCCCUUGCUAUGCACGUCAUGUCUGAUCACGCGGAGGAGAUGACGUCAGGUGUGACGUCACGAGCAACUGUUUUGCCGUCACCGAUCCCUACUGUUUCACAAAUACCGACGUCAGUUGCGAAUAGCUACUUGUCGUGGAUGGCGGCAUCGCAGUCAUUAGCACUGGGUCUUAUUUGUAGAUACUGCAAUAAGGCCUUUGCCUCGCGAGACAGCCUGGCAAUGCACGUGCUAAGUCACGCUCACUUAGAAGGAAAAAUGCCAGAACAUACACAACGUGCGCAAAAACGACAAUAUUAUAUAAACGAUGAUAACUAUACUGUGAAUGGAAAAGUACCAAGACUUACAAACUCAGUUAAUAACACAAAAAGUUGUCCAGAGAUAGCACGAGAAACUCUGUACUGUAGCAUUUGUAAGAUUACCUUCUACGCCUUCUCGGAGUACCGUUGGCACAUGGAGAAACACGCGGCCAAGCCCAUAUCGGUCAACUACAAGACGGACGGGACGAUGCAGCCUAGGGUUGACUCUCCGACACCAACCGAAACCUCCGACGGUGAGCACAACUGGAGAACCAGAAGAAACAGCGUGUCCAUGAUAAACCAGUCGUUGGAGAUGGAUAGCGGCACCCUUCCCAGGAGACCCGUGUCUGUCGGCGACUACUCAACACACACGUUACAGAGCCUUCAAACAGACAGUACCACUGGGUCGAUCAGAAACCCAAAUUCAAAAACUCCCGACAUAAAAUAUGUGCUCUCUAAUGUCAAUUCUUUGUCGUCAAAUGAACAGCGCAUUAUAUACUCCGUAUUUGGUAAAGAUCUUGGAUUAAAAGCCUAUAAUGUAAACGACAAUGCUACGGACGAGCCAAUUCAAAAACAGAUAGCGCCACAAAACAGGCAAGAUGACAUCGAGGUCAAGACAGAAGGUACAAGGUCCGGCAUGGCCAGCACCGACCCUAAAGUGAAGAAAGGCGACGACGACAGGCGGGCCUGUGUACAGGAUGGAGCCACAGACGCCCCAAUGUGCAAGUACUGUGAGAUCCUUUUCUUCAACAAAGCCAUUUACUAUCUCCAUAUGGGACUGCAUAACUUGAACAAUCCCUGGCAGUGUAACGUCUGUGGCAAUAUAUGCAAGGACGCCGUCGACUUUGCUGCUCAUGUUAUACAUAUGUAAUCUGGCUUUAAACGAACUAGUUCUUAUAUUUGCACAUGCUGUGCCGAGGUUUUUUUUCAUAUAAUUUCAUUUCAAGUUUUGUGACAUACA